AUGAGUUAUCUUUUAAGGAGUGGACGACGUCGAUUGAUUGAAGAUUUAAAUGAUUUAGAACUUGAAGAAGAUCUUCAAGAACAAUAUCAAUCUUUUAUUUAUUGUCUUAGAGAAUUAAGAAGGCAUCGAUCAUAUUCUCAAGAUGAUGAAUAUAGAAAUUAUCAUCAUCAACAAACAGAAUAUUGUUUAGUAACAUUAACUUAUCAAUGUCCAAAUACUCGACGAAGACAUAUUGAUGAAAUAGAAAUUAUUCAACAUAAUCGAACAGUAUUCAAAGGAUGUUUAAGAUGUGGAGAUCAAUUAACAUUUAAAUCAAAACGUUAUCGAAAUAAAUCACAAUUAAAAUUAAAAUUUUAUAUAAAUGGUUUACUUGAAGAUGAAAUGAUAGCUUGUUGUGAACAUGGAUUAAUUCAUAAAAAUCGACAUAAUCAUUUAUUUCAUAUUGAAGACAUUUUUGGAUCAAAACCAUGUUGCGAAUGUGAACUUGAUAAUAAUACCUCAACAUCAUCGGAUUUAACUUCAUUUUCAUUUUCAAGACAAAAUUCUUACACCAAAAUUAAAGCUCCUUCAUCAAAUGUAUUAUCAAACGGUCAAUCUAAUGAACGAAAAUCAAAGAUGGAAUCACCUAGAAUUUUUAUUCGAUCAACAACAUCUAAUAAUAAAGCUUCAAGUGAAGGUUUUUCUUCUGAUAUAACCACACCUUCCAAUUCGCAUACACAAAUACGCAAUCAAUCGAACGAUAAACAGCAGUCUGAAGAAGAUUUAUCUGAUUUCUUACCUAGCAGUCCAGAAUUACCAUUGAAACCAAUAUAUGGUCCUCCUCAAUUAGCAACAAUGUUAUCUAUGAGUGAAUCACUUGAUUCACCAUCGCCAAAUAUUCAUGAACAAACAAAUAAAAAUCUGUUCAAGUCAUCAUUAAAUAUCGAGCAAAAUUCAAGACAUUCAAAUUUGAAUGUUAUUUCUAAUGAAAAUAUACUUGAUUUAUCAAGUAAAAGUACUCAAUGUUCAUUAUCAUCGAAUAUUGAAAGUAAUUCAGAUGAACAAGAAAUUUCAUUAAAUUGGAAUACUUCAAAUAAUACUACAAUUGUUAAUGAUGCAACUCAAAUAUUACUAACUCGACUUGGAUUAAUACAACAACAACAAAUCGAAAGUCCAAAAGUCUUAUUCGAUAGUGCACCUCGAGAAAAAGGUAAUGUUGAAUAUUUUACCCUUAUUUAUUUACAUUCUUCAUAUCCUGAUGAAUCAAUAAUAAAACAAUUUCGUAGUCUUAUUAAUUUCUUAAAAAUUUUCAAUGAUAUUGAUGAUUGUGUUGCAUUUAUAAAUGGUGUAUUCAAUGAAAAAAUUAUCUUUAUUCUUUCAAAUUUAUUUGUUAAUUCAAUUCUUCCAAGAAUUGAAGGACUUCAACAAAUAUUUACUAUUUAUAUUUUAUCUGAUAAUAAUAAUGAAAUUAAUUAUUCAUCAUUUAAACAAUUAAAAGUUCAAGGUUUAUAUAAAAAUUUCAAUGAUAUAUAUGAACAAAUAUCAAAAGAUAUACAUAAAAUAAAACGUGAUUUAGUAAUGUAUAUAAAUAUGUCAUCAAAUUCAACUACACUUCCUACAACUUAUAUAUAUUGUCAAUUAUUAAGUGAAAUAAUUCUUGAUAAAAAUGAAAAUAGAAAUAAUUUACAAGAAUUAAUUAAUUUUUCACGUCAAGAAUAUGAUGGUAAUGAUGAAGAAUUAAAAAUAAUUGAUGAAUUUGAAAAAAAUUAUCAAAAAAAUCAAGCAAUUUAUUGGUUUUCAAGACAAUGUUUUUUAUCAAAAAUGUUAAAUAAAGCUCUUCGUACUCCUGAACCUGAUAUUUUAUAUAAACUUCGUUUAUUUAUUCAAGAUUUAUUUCAACAAAUAGAAAAUGAAUCCGUAAAAGAUUCAAUAAUAGUUUAUCUUGGACAAACAAUGCAAAGAGAUGAUCUUGAUAAUUUACAAAAAAAUCUUUUAAAUGAUGAUCUCAUUGUAUUUCCUCAAUUUUUAUUUGGUUCAACAGAUCAAUUACGAGCUAUUCGUAUUGCUAAAGAAAUUCCAACUUUAACUGAAGAUUAUAUACCAAUUCUUAUUCGUAUUGAUAUACCAGCACAUUUUAAAUGUGCUAAUAUAAGUUCACGUCGAUAUUUAAUUGAUAAUAAUAAUGAUGUUUUAUUAAAUAUGGGUAUUAUGGGACGUUUAAUUAAAGUUGAAAAAGAAAAUAUUAAUGAAAAUCAAAUUCCUUAUAUUCAUUUAACAUUAGUUAAAUAUGAAGAUCAACAAAAAAUUCAACAAAUACUUGAGACUAAACGAACGGAAAUCAAAAGUUUUUCUCAAUUGAUUACCUUAAUAAAAUUAAUGAUUGUAAUGAAUCAACACAUAUUAGCUGAACAAAUAGUUGAAACAAUGUUUAAUGAUGAAACUUUAAAAGCAGAUGUAAAUAUUCAAACUUCAAUAGCUGCUAGUUGUCUUGCACUUGCAACAUCACAUCGUAAUCAAGAUGAUUAUAAACGUGCUGUUGAAUUAUAUCAUCUUUCAUUAGAUGCAUUUCUUCGUUUUAUUUCACCAAAUACAUUAGAAUUAACUACACUUUAUGGUAAUAUAGCUGGAAUGUAUUUACGUUUAGAUAAUUUUGAAAAAUCUCAUGAAUAUUAUCAAAAAGCACUUAAUAUACAACUUCGUACAAAUACUCCAGAUUUACUUUCAAUUAGUAAUUAUACAAAUAAUAUAGGUAUUCUUUUUUUAAGACAAGAAAAAUAUUCUGAAGCUAUUCAAUCAUUUCAACGUACUUUCAAAAUUCUUGAACAAGUAACUGAAUCACAUGAUGGUGAACUUGCAUUAACUUAUGAUAAUACAGGUGAUGCAUAUCUUGCACAACUUAAAUAUAAUGAAGCUAUAGAUAAUUAUAAAAAAUCAAUUGAAAUUCAAGAACGUAUUGUACCACGUAAUUCUAGUACAUUAGGUUCUUCUUAUUAUACUUUAGGAAAUGUUUAUUUAAAAAUUGGUCGAUCUAAUGAAUCAUUAUAUUAUUUAAAACUUGCUUUAGAAUGUCAAAAAGAAUAUUUACCAUUAACACAUUCAUCAUUUGCAUUACUUUAUAAUAAUAUUGGUUUAAUGUAUUAUCGAGAAGAACAAUAUUCAGAAGCAUUACAAUGUUAUUUUAAAAGUCUUGAAAUUGCAUCAAUAUCAUUACCAGAAAAUCAUUCAAUAGUUGGUAUAACACUUUUUAAUAUAUCACUUGUUUAUUCAAGUCAAGGAAAAUUAGAUGAAGCUAUAGAAAGUAUAGAAAAAUCAACUGAACAAUUUUUAAAAACAUUACCACCCUAUCAUCCUGAUAUAGUAGAAAAUCGAUUAUAUAUUGAAUCGAUUAAACGAAAAAAAAUUCUAAAAGAAAUUUUUAAUGAAAAUAUUGAUGAAAAUACAACAAGUUUUUAA